CAAUCCUGUUACGGUGGUUUAUCAUCGGCAUUCGUAUCGAAUCGUCCGAGACUAACACACACUGUGAACUAUCCUAUUGCCUAAAUUAUUUACUUUUGUUGUUUAACACACAGAGACAUUUCUAGAUUGAAAUUAUUAUAAAGUUUGCUUUGCAUUUUUAAUUGUUGUUUUUUUUUUUUUUUAAAUAAUUAAAGAGUUUUUUUCAAUAGUGUAAGAAGGAAAUGAGAAGUGGCGUCAAAAUGAUGUGUCAAAAAAGCAUCAUGAUCCUUGCGUGUCUAAUCGCUGUGAUAGCAACCACCAAUGCUGCUUUGGGUCGACCUAAUCUUGUUUUUACCAUGUGUAUACCGGAAAUAUAUUGGAAGGAAUGUGUACAGAUGAUGGAAGAUUCAGCAAACAAAGGUAUUCCUAUUUCUUGCAUUUCCGGUCGUGAUCGAUACGAGUGCAUAGAAAAGGUUGGUAGAAAAGAGGCAGAUGUAGUUGCUGUAGAUCCGGAAGACAUGUAUUUAGCUGCAAAGGAUAACGAGCUUGCUGCAAAGGCUGGAUACAACGUGGUCGAACAGAUUAGGACAAAAGUGGAACCAGACGCAGCUUAUCGUUAUGAAGCAGUUGCUGUUAUUCACAAGGAUUUAAACAUAAACAAUGUUCAGGGACUUCGUGGUCUUAAAUCUUGUCAUACUGGUGUGGGACGUAACGUUGGCUAUAAAAUACCAAUCACGAAAUUGACAUCGAUGGGUGUCCUUGGUAAUAUAAACGAUCCAGAAUACUCUGCUCGUGAGAAUGAAAUUCGGGCAUUGAGCUCGCUUUUCAGCGAAGGUUGUCUCGUUGGAACAUGGUCUCAAGAUCCAGCUAUCAAUCAAAGACUAAAGGAAACUUACAGCAAUAUGUGUGCACUUUGCGAGAAUCCAAACGUCUGUGAUUAUCCAGACAAAUAUUCGGGUUACGAAGGUGCUCUUCGUUGUCUUGCUCACAACGGUGGAGACAUUGCCUGGACUAAGGUCAUCUAUGUUAAACAAUUUUUCGGAUUACCAGUUGGCGUUAGAUCUGCAAUACCAACAAACGAAGAUCCCAGCAACUUCCGUUACUUCUGUCCUGAUGGUACAAAGGUACCCAUUAAUGCUGAUACCAAACCCUGCACUUGGGCCGCUCGCCCAUGGCAAGGAUACAUGACUAAUGGUGGAGUUAACAACAUAGAAGCCGUUCAAAAAGAAUUAACUGAAUUAGGACAAUUGGGUGAAAAAGAAAAAGCAGCUUGGUGGAAAGAUUUGAUGCUGUUGGAUGAAAAAACUCUUGCUGUUGCUUCAUCACCGGUUGAUCCUGAACAACAUUUGAAGAAUGCCAAAUACUUGGACGUCAUUGAAAGAAACUCAGGUGCGCCUGAAAGAAAUGCUCGCUGGUGUGUAUGGAGUCAGGAUGCUUUGAACAAGUGCCGUGCUUUAAGUAGAGCAGCGUUUUCAAGAGAUGCCAGACCCAGGUUGAGUUGCUUAUUGGAGAAGGAUCUACAUGGUUGUUUGAAAGCUGUCAGAGAUGAUGGUGCCGAUUUAACAGUCGUUAAUGGUGGAUCGGUAAUGCGUACAAUAACGGACUUUAAUGCUCAACCAAUUCUAUCAGAAAUUUAUGGACCUGGUUCAACAGAAUACAGCGAAAGACCAGCAGUAGUUGUUGUUAAAAAAGGCAGCUCUAUCAAUGGACUUGCCGAUUUGAGAAAUAAACGGUCUUGCCACAGUGGUUAUAAAAACGAUUUUGCUGGAUGGUUAGCACCAGUUCAUGCUCUUAAAAAAGCUAAUUUGAUUAAUUCGGAAGAAGAUGUAGCAGAAUUCUUUGCGGGCUCGUGUGCACCUGGUGCUGAACCAGGAUCGAAAUUGUGUCAACAAUGUGUUGGUAACAUUGCAUCUAAUGACGACAAAGUAACUGAGGCAACUAAAUGUAAGCCAACUGAAGCUGAAGCUUUCAAGGGUGGCCAAGGGGCUAUCAAAUGUCUAACUUCAGACAAAGGUGAUGUAGCUUUCUUACCUCUCCCAGCUCUUAUCAAAAUUGAUAAGAAGAAUGAGACAGAAGGCGGUGUGAAGACAUCGGACUUUAUGUUAGUCUGUCCUGAUGGUGGUUUAGCACCAGUAGAAGAAUGGUCAAGAUGCAAUUUGGGAUUGGAACCACCGCGCAUUAUUUUAAGCUCUGUUGGAAAAACAGCUAACGCUUUGGAAGAACUCAAACAUGGUGUUUUGGCAGCCAGUACGAUUUACUCUGAGGAACCAGAUCUCCUAAAACUUUUUGGUAGCUGGAGUGGAAAAGCUGACAUUUUGUUCAGGGACGAUGCAAUAAAUCUUAUCUCAAUUGACAAUUCAUGGACCCAAUGGAACAAGUGGGCUACAACAAAAGAGGAUUAUAAAAUCGAGCCUUAAGAAAAUUGAAAUAAUCCUUCACUUCUUCUUCUUCUUCUUUGUCAAGUCAACGAUUUUUGUAAAUAAACGCAACCUAAGAGAUUGUUAAUUGUCGAUGACAACAUUAUAUAUCUGUAAAAGAUUUAAAUCUAAAAUCGAGGAACUUCAAUAAUAAGGUUAAGUCGCCGCACGUGGUCUUAAAAAUGAU